GCUGCCGCCUCUGCUCAUCUCCCGCACCACUCCUCUACCUCUCCCCGGGUUCCGAGCUUAACGUCCCCGGGCCGGAGAUGGCGGGCGUCGCGGCAGCGUCCUUCUUCUCGAACGCCUGCCGGUUCGGCGGCUGCGGGCUGCACUUCGACUCUCUGGCCGAGCUCAUCGCUCACAUCGAGGAUAAUCACAUCGACACCGAUCCGAGAGUGCUGGAGAAACAAGAGCUACAACAGCCCACAUAUGUUGCUCUGAGUUACAUUAACAGAUUUAUGACUGAAGCUGCACGUAGGGAGCAGGAGAACCAGAAAAAGAAAGUGCAACCGAAAUUGUCACUGUCAGUCACUGGAAGUGUGAACCGUAACAACACGUCCACACCCCCGCGUCAUAGCAACGGCAGUCUGACCCCGCCUGUGACUCCGCCCAUAACUCCUUCAUCUUCCUUCCGCAGCAGCACACCCACAGGCAGUGAAUGUGAUGAAGAGGAGGUGGAGUAUGAGGACUCAGACAGUGAUGACUCGUGGACCACAGAGAGUGCGAUAAGCUCCGAGUCCAUCCUGAGCUCCAUGUGUAUGAAUGGAGGAGACGAGAAGCCGUUUGCAUGUCCAGUGCCUGGCUGCAAAAAGAGAUACAAAAAUGUGAACGGUAUAAAAUAUCAUGCCAAAAAUGGACACAGGACGCAGAUUCGCGUGAGGAAGACCUUUAAGUGCCGCUGUGGGAAAAGCUACAAAACCUCUCAAGGGCUUAGACACCAUACCAUCAACUUCCACCCCCCACUGUGAUAACCAAACACACACACACCUUCAAACUCCUACUUCCUUCGUCUGUCUUUUCCUAUUUUCUUAUCUAUUCUUUAUGUCUGUUGUUGUAGGGGUGGAUUGCUUUGCACAAUCCAUUUACAUCAUUACUUUUCAGACUUAGUACAAAAGAAGAAAGGACUGGGACUAUCUACCUAGUUGCGAUGCUCAGAUAAUAUUGCAAAAUAUUAUCUUAGCAAAAAAAACAUUUUGAAUAUAGGCAAGUUGAUCUUAUGUU